AUGACACAACGCAAAGGCGAGAAACCCACCAUCAGCAUCCAGGAGCACAUGGCCAUUGACGUGUGCCCCGGGCCCAUCCAGCCCAUCAAGCAGAUCUCCGACUACUUUCCCCGCUACCCGCGGGGUCUCCCCCCUGUUGCAACCUCACAGGUGAGCCAGGCCAGCCCCCAGCGCUCCGCCCUCUCCACCGCCAGUGGCACGGCCCAAAGUGACCCGGCCUGCUCCAACGGGGACAACCCAGACCGGGGUUGUGCUGGUGCCUCCGCCUCCCCGCAGGCCACAAGGAAGGAUGAGGAACCUGACGUGGAAGGCUAUGACUCAGAUGAAUCCACUACACUGGGAACCUUGGACUUCAGUUUGCUUUAUGACCAAGAAAACAAUGCACUGCACUGCACCAUCAACAAAGCCAAGGGGCUCAAACCAAUGGAUCACAAUGGGCUCUCAGAUCCCUAUGUUAAAUUGCAUCUAUUGCCUGGUGCCAGCAAGGCCAAUAAACUUCGAACCAAGACCUUGCGCAACACACUCAACCCUGUAUGGAGCGAGACACUGACGUACUACGGCAUCACUGAUGAAGAUAUGGUCCGUAAAACUCUCAGGAUUUCAGUGUGUGACGAGGACAAGUUCCGCCACAAUGAGUUCAUUGGGGAAACACGCAUCCCCCUCAAGAAGCUCAAGCCUAACCAAACCAAGAACUUCUACAACUGUCUGGAGAAACAGCUACCUGUCAACAAAACAGAAGACAAGUCCCUGGAAGAGCGGGGACGAAUCAUGAUCUCACUCAAGUACAACUCUCAGAAGUCCUGCUUGGUCGUGGGCAUUGUGCGCUGUGCUCACCUUGCUGCUAUGGACGCCAAUGGCUUCUCUGAUCCUUAUGUUAAAACGUACCUGAAGCCUGAUGAGAACAAAAAGUCAAAGCACAAGACUGCUGUAAAAAAGAAAACGCUGAACCCUGAAUUCAAUGAGGAGUUCUCCUAUGACAUCAAAUAUGCAGACCUCACCAAAAAGACUCUGGAGGUGACCGUGUGGGACUACGACAUUGGCAAGUCCAAUGAUUUCAUAGGUGGUGUUUCUCUGGGCAUCAAUGCAAAUGGAGAAAGGCUCAAACACUGGUUUGACUGCCUCAAAAAUAAGGACAAGAAAAUUGAGCGCUGGCACACACUGACCAAUGAAUUGCCUGGUUCUGCAUUCAACGACUAA